AUGGCGGAUGAAUGUCUCCACUCUGUGCAGCUCGAGCUCGAGGCCGUGGGGAAGCAGAUUCGCGACCUGGAACAGAGGCAGGCCCAGCUGAGAGAGUGGAGAGCCGCGCUGGAAUCAUCCCGGGCUGACGCUCACAAGUCCGGGGUAAGUAUACAGCGUGCUGUUAACAGUCCCACCACGUCUACUCCGUGUGUUUCUCUGCGCAGGCCCGGUGCACCCAGGACGCGAUCUUCCCAGAUGUCCUUCACUGCGACGCCGGGACACCACGGACCCUGGAUGCAUCCACAGCUGAGGACGCGAGCUGGGUCCCGGGCGACUACUUCUCCCCCUCCUGCCUUCGAGCUCUCCAUCCAGAACCGCUUCGCUCCCCUCCGCGAGACAGGACGCGACGCUGUGAUCAUCGGAGACUCCAUCGUCCGACACAUACCCGCGAUCCUGAAGGACGGCGAGAGCCCCAGAGCGGUCGUGCUUCACGCCGGGGUUAACGACACCACGCUGCGGCAGACGGAGACGCUGAAGAGGGACUUCAGGAGCCUGAUCGAGACGGUUCGCAGCACGACGCCCGCGGCUACGAUCGUCGUGUCAGGACCACUGCCCACGUAUCGACAAGGACACGAAAGGUUCAGUAGACUUUUUGCUUUAAAUGAAUGGUUGUUGUCAUGGUGUAAAGAACAGAAACUGCUAUUUGUUAAUAACUGGAAUCUUUUCUGGGAGCGUCCUAGGCUGUUUCGCGCUGAUGGAUUACACCCCAGCAAAAUUGGAGCGGAGCUUCUCUCUGACAACAUCUCCAGGACACUUCGCUCCAUGUGA